UGGUUUGCCAAGUUCCUGUGGAUUAUUCGCAUGAGGCGCUCCCAGAAUAAAAGUACAAAACCUUUCUUAAGAAGGGUGACGAUUGCUACAGAAUGGUUAUACGACGAAACUCAGGGUUAUCACGACCCUUCAAGCUCUAUUCAGGUCAUGAAGCGACAACAGUAUAUCUGCCCAGUCACCGGACGACAUUCAACUUAUUUCGCGAGCAAGGCCAAAGACCCGGAACAAAGUUUUGCAUCCGUGAAAAGCACGCACAUACUCAGACCCGCUGUUACCGAGGCUUUCAACGAUGACGAAAAGGCAAUACAAAUACUACGUGCUUUGACCGGCUCUGAAAUGGACGCUAUUUUCAAUACUAUUGCUAUAGACGACCCGAGUAAUGGGAUAGGAUUCGAACAUAAUUGCGGCACCUCAUUUGAGCAAUUCAUGUUUUCCCUUCAGGCUACUGAGGUUCCAAACGAAUAUGCCAUUCGUACUCACCAUCCCUCCCCGAAAUUUGUAUUCCCCAUGCCUCCGACAACAGACCGUGUCGUCUUCAAAGAUCACAGCAAUUCAGACCCACCCAUCCCUAUCCCGAGCCCACGCUUGCUUCGUCUCCACGCUGUCGUAGCCAAUAUAUUACAUGCUAGCGGCGCUGGUCAAGUCAUAAAUCGCUUCGAAUGGCAGCACGGGGAACACGGAUCAGGCUUACUGGUUACAUCUGGAUACGACUUUGAAACCGUGCUCAUGUCUAUUCGAACAAGACAAAUACUUGCGACAGAUCAGUAGGUACGGAGAGCUUCGUUAAUGAUAAAUCAUCCACGACAGAAUACACCUUCAUGACUAUCAUCUUUAUAAUUUUUCAAAAGACCUGGAACUUGCGCGUUUCUUUCCGGUCUUCAAAAUCAUUGUCGA